CUUGCACCUGGGUGCUGUUGACCCCCUGCAAAUCAUUCCCUAACAACAGGACAUUGCUCUGAAGUGUGUCCAGGUCCCCAGUGCAUCGGAACUGCUAUGUGCCUCCUUCCUACCAGCCUGUGGGGGUUCUGCAGCUGAGUUCAUCACCAGGGACAGGUGACCUGAGCUGUCCCUCGAGCCCAGCUCCCAUUUCCUUCUGGUUCUGGCAGAUCUCUUCGUUAUGACCUGGCUGCUGGGGUUCGUGGACCCCACAGAGCCCAGCUUUGUGGCUGCCGUGUUCACCAUUGUGUUUAGUCCUCUCUUCUGGAAUGUGCAUCGUGGCAGAUCUAGCUCAGGUCAGAGCGUUGCAGGUGGCUUAUUUCCUCCUGUCCACAGCCCCUUGGCCAGGCCACAGGUAGCAAGGUGGGAGCAGAGAACUCGCAAGUUGAGCAGGGCCUUCGGGUCCCCCUACCUAGCCUGCUAUUUCCUGGGCAGCAGCAUCCUGCUUCUGAACGUCCUCCGCUCCCACUGCUUCACACAGGCCAUGAUGAGCCAGCCCAAGAUGGAGGGCCUGGAUAACCACGCCACCUACUUCCUGGGCCUUGUACUCCUGGGUGGGGGCAUCGUAUUUGUGCUGUCCAGUUUCUUUGCACUGGGGUUCACUGGGACCUUUCUAGGUGACUACUUUGGGAUCCUCAAAGAGGCCAGAGUGACCACAUUUCCCUUCAAUGUGCUAGACAACCCCAUGUACUGGGGAAGCACAGCCAACUACCUGGGCUGGGCACUUAUGCACGCCAGUCCCACAGGCCUGCUGCUAACGGUGCUGGUGGCCCUCGUCUACGUGGUGGCUCUCCUGUAUGAGGAGCCCUUCACUGCUGAGAUCUACCAACAGAAAGCCACCAGGCUGCACAAAAGGAGCUAACAGGGCCGUGGGGGAUCUGUGGACAGCCGGACUGGCCUCCCGGCUGCCCCGGGCAUCAACCGUCCUUGGGGAGAGCAGCACUGGCCACUGCGCCUGGGCCUUGGAAACCAGUCGUGGGGAGCCCAGGCAUUAUGCCAUGUGACCACUGAGCCUCCCAUCCCCACCACGCCCCGACACACUAAUAAAGGCAUUGUGACCUCA